AUGGUGACUGGGUGUUUCCGGAACGCAUUGGCACUGGUAGGACUAGUAGUAGUGCUGGUGGCUCUCAAUCUCUCAGUGAGAGCCACGUCAGCAUUCAACUUCUCAAGCUCCGAGCAGGGGGGGGUGAUGUGGUCGUUUGACUGCGACUGGAAGGGCAACGACAUUGACCGAGCCGCCGGCAUGGGCGACACGUGCGGAAAGCAGUGCCUCGAUCGCGCGGAUUGCACGCAUUGGACGUGGACGGCCGAAAAUGGCGGCACGUGCUUUCUCAAAGGGGCAAUCAACGCGACAGAAUUGGUCGCCGCCAAUGGCACGUCGUGCGGUUACCGCGUUACCGACAGCGCGACCGGCAACCCGUACACGGGAGUCCAGCAGUACCUCAACCCCGAGUACAAGGCAAGCGUAGAAGCCGCGAUGCGCGCCGCGACUCCCGAGGAUGCGCCGUUUUUUGCGAGCGUAGCGGAGCAUCCAACGGCCGUGUGGCUCGACACGAUGGCGAAGCUCGACGCCAUCCAAGGCCACCUGGACGCCGCAGCGACUCAGGCGGGGGAAAAUCCGAUUCUCGUGCAAUUCGUGAUCUACGACCUACCGGGCCGCGACUGCAAGGCGUGGUCGUCCAAUGGGGAGAUUCCCAAGGGCGGGCUCGACACGUACAAGGUCAACUACAUUGAUGUUGCCGUGGCGCGCCUUAAAAACAAGGCGGCGAACGUGCGUCUGUCGCUCGUGAUCGAGCCCGACUCGCUGCCCAACAUCGCGACCAACAUGGGCACGAAUCGGUGCGACGCGACGACGGAGCAGGAAUACAUGGAGGGCGUCGCGUAUGCCAUCGCGGAGCUCUCCCAGAUCCCCGACACCACGCUCUAUCUCGACUCCGGCUUCGGCGGCUGGCUCGGGUGGCCAGAAGUGAUGAAGCGCGUUAUGGCGGUGUACAUGAAAGUCCUCGCGCGCGCGCGGCAGAUCCGCGAGAACGCCAAGAUCCGCGGCUUCGCGUCCAACGUGGCCAACUACAGCCCGCUCUUCGCGUCCGACGACGGCUGCCCGGCGUCGGAGAAAUGCCCGCUCGCACAGAACCCGAGCACGGGCGAGAUGUGCUACGACUGGAACCCGUGCAUCGACGAAAACCGCUUCACGGCGCGCCUCAAUGCGUUCCUGGGGGCCGCGGGACUGCCCACCAGGUGGAUCGUUGACACCAGCCGGUCCGGCGUCGCUGGCAUUCGAACGCGCUGGGGGUCGUGGUGCAACGUGAAGAACGCGGGGAUCGGAGAACGCCCCCAGGCGGAUCCCGCUGAUGCUCCGCAAGAAAAGGAGAUUCCGGAGCCGCUUCCUGUGGAUCGCGAAUGCGACCCCCUGGACCCGCUUGGCCUGGACGCCCUAGCAGACGCGCCGCGAGCUGGCCAGUGGUUCCAGGAGCAAUUCGCCAUGCUGGUUCGCAACGCCAACCCGCCCAUGCCUGCUGGCACGGUGGACUCGCCCCCGCCUGCGGACCCGCCCCCGCCUGCGGACCCGUGCAUGACCGACCCGCAGACAAACCCCGCGUGCGAUCCGUUCUGGGAGAACUUGGCCGUCGAGUACUCGCCGCAAUACAAGUUCCACCCCGAUGAGACCAUCUGGCCAAUCACGAUCGACGAGUACCUCACACACGUGACUGCCUCCAAAGGUUAUUUUAGUGAGGAUGGUACAGAGUAUGAAAUUGAAUACCAGGCGGGCCCGAUCACUCCCAACAACCUCGAUACAUUGCUGGAGAAUCCGAAUCUGAGGAGCGAGCAUGGCAAAACUGUCCUGUACAGUCCGGAAGAGUUUGACAAGGAUACCGACUGGGUGCGGGACUCGGCGCGCAACCCGGAGAACGGAGGCACGAAGCUGUACACCGUCAUUUACAAUCCGAAACCCGACGACCAAGACUCGUUUGUGGAGAUUCAGUAUUGGCUCUUCUACCCUUACGUGAGUAUUCCAAGUGGUACCCUAGUCAAGUACUUCCUCUCCUCUCUCACUCCCACACCCCUUCUGUAA